CAUCUUAUUUAGCGCCGGCGCACCGGCACCUACUACCACCAGACACGCUCAACUGGACACGCAGCGCGACACGGCGGCGCGUGCGGGCAUUGCACUUGCAGAGCGCUCCUCCUGCGAGUCCGAGGCCAGCGAGAGCGCCCCUCCCCUCCUUCCCUCCCGGCCUCCCCGUGCGUCUCCGGGCGAGCAUGGAGAGGCACGGCACGAGCGUGCGGCUGCUGCUCGCGAUGCUUCUGCUGCUGGCGACCGAGCUCGCCGCGUUCGGCUGCUGCGGCGGCCACCGAAUUCCCAGGGCGGACGUGGCUGCGUGGAGGCGGCACGGCCGGGUGGCGGCGGCGGCGGCGACGACGACGGUAGCAGCGGCGAGCGCGACGGCGCCCGCGGCCGCAGCCCGGGACGCCGAGGCGGUGCUCGGCGAGUCCAAGAGGCUGGUGCCGCAGGGCUCCAACCCGCUGCACAACUAGGAUCCAUCGAGGACGCGCAGGUUUUUCGUUCUAGGUUCAGCUUCCAUUUUUUUUUCUCUCGCUCAAUCACACACGGCGAUAGAUGCUCGCCCGUAACUGUAAUUAGCUAGCAGAGCAGUAGAGCAACUCUGAAUCUAAUCCAACAUAAGCGGAGAUUGUACAUGCAUGCUUCUUUGUUGCCAUGUUCUUCCGAGCAAAGAUCUGAUUCAGACAGCAACAA